AUGGACCCUUCAUUAAGACCGACUCUGUUUGUUUCAAUUCCGUCAUCCGAAAAGGUGCAACGCAACCAUGGAUCGCCCAUCGCAAGGGGUCCGCAGACAGCUCCUCCCGCCACCUCCGGGAUCUCGUUCUCAAGGGAGAAUGUAGCAGACAAACGAACUCGGCGACGUCAUAGGGACGGCAAAGGCAAAUCGCGCGACGGCAUUUUCCGACACAGAAUGCAUCAUAUUCCCUCGAAGGUAGGCGGCAGGGGCUCAUUAUCAACGUACCGAGAACAAGAAAGCGACGACGACGGCUUGCUUCGGCCGAUAACCCGUGAGACCACUCGAUCGCGAUGGGGCUCCGAGUCGACAGGAAUAGGGCCAGGAAGCAGAAGAGGAAGCGUGCUUGAUGGUAUCGAUAAGGAUAUGCGGCUCGGUGCCAUCAAGCGCCCAGAGGAGAUACGCUCGAUGGGCGAUUUGCAGCGGGUCAGGGACCAGCGGAAUAAAGGAGAAGAGUAUCUACGUUCUGCACUGUCAGUGAUUGGGACGCUUGCGACAGACAUUACACGCAGGCUGGAUUACACCUACUACGGACUGUUGGAAAAGGUCGCAGCACUCAACGUGACAAUCGCCUCAUUUCAAGAGCUAUCGGGCUCGACGUCCAAAUUAUUCGAUGACUUCCAGCGAGAGACAACGGGCCUACAGCAAGACAUCCAGAAGCAAGUUGCGGACCUGAACGAGUUCCAUCCCCAGAUGCAAAAGAUUGAAGCGCUCGAGGAGCGAAUGAGAGUCAGCAAGACAAGGGCCAAAACCCUCGGAUAUAGGUUGGAGGCGAUGCGAACCGAAAUCGAGAAAUGGGAUAAGAAAGAGAUGGACUGGCAGAUGCGGACGAACCAACGACUACGCAUAUUCUGGGGGUUUGUCACUGCUGUCAUAUUAGCGAUCUUGGCCGCUAUCGUCAUCCAGCACUGGCCAGGCGAGGAAGCAUCGCCAGGAUUCAGGACCAUUCCAAAGGCACUGAAGCUUCCAAACUUACCCUCUCGCGUUCCCCUGCCAAAGAAACAAGGUGCCUCUGCGCCAGAGGUGAAAAAUGAUCACGCGUGGUCUCUAGAUCCAUCCGUUCUGGCUCAUAAUAUCAGUCUCAGUACCCCUCUGGCGACUACACCUACCUCCCUUGAAGCUGAUGAAGCUGCGCGGCCUACAGAUCAUGACCCGUUACGAAUGUUCGACGAGCUAUGA